CGCCACCCAGCGGCGGACAUGAUGAACAACAGCUGAAUGCAAAAGCGAAGCUGCGAUGAUUUUCCCUAACGUGUUCCCGUAGAACGCCGCUGUCAUGUCUGCCCCCUUCAUGUCUCUGUACAGAUGUUACCAGCGUUCGGCUCUCCUGGUCGUCUCCAGACGGUCGUUGAGCUCGGUGUCUCCCGCCAGCUCGGUGUCUCCCCCCAGCUCGGUGUCUCCCCCCAGCUCUGUGUCUCCCUCCAGCUCUGUGUCUCCCGCCAGCUCGGUGUCUCCCGCCAGCUCGGUGUCUCCCCCCAGCUCGGUGUCUCCCCCCAGCUCGGUGUCUCCCGCCAGCUCGGUGUCUCCCCCCAGCUCGGUGUCUCCCGCCAGCUCGGUGUCUCCCCUCAGCUCGGUGUCUCCCGCCAGCUCGGUGUCUCCCCCCAGCUCGGAGUCUCCCCCCAGCUCGGUGUCUCCCCCCAGCUCGGAGUCUCCCCCCAGCUCGGUGUCUCCCCCCCCUCUGCACACCAGGUUCCUGCUCUACCUCACGCAGUGCUUCUACGAUGUGGAGAUGCUCCAGAGCUGGAGUUUUCUGCAGAGGUGGAAGUGGGUUCAGAAGAGAAAUACUUACUAUGGCUACACUGAGAAGAACUACGGAUCAAACAUCGCAUCAGCGUAUUACAUCCUGAGUCUGAAGGGAGGGUUCAGGUUUGUCGGCCAGUCAGAGUGGUUCAUUGCAGAUCGGAGGAGCAAAUUUAAUUGGGCUUUCUUGGAUCACCAAAACACACCCCUGGAGGAAGUGAACAUGAACUACACAGAUAUCAACUACAGAGGGCUGGACAACCUCGAGGUGCAGAAAUCUUUGCGGACUCUGUCAUUACGAGGAUGUCCUGAAGUGAACGACUGGUUUCUGGCCAGGCUUCACAUGUUCGAGGACUCUCUGGAGGAACUGGACAUCUCUCACUGUCCACGCAUCACGACAUGCGGCCUGGCUGCACUCAGGAAUCUCAAAGGACUGAAGCGUCUGGAUGUGUCGUCCCUCCAUGGGAUCUCGAGUCCAGGCAUGGUCAUCAUCCUGCUGGAGGAGAUGUUACCAAGGUGCAAUGUCACUGCUAACGGCUACGAGCACACGCUGAGGGAGGAGAGCUGAAGGAGGAGCCCAUGUGAAGGACGGACGUCAGAGGAAUCGAGAGACUUUGUUCAGAAAGAGAGAGGGUCUUCUGUGAGAGCUCAGUGGUCGGACAGAAAGUCUGCUUUCAUUCUAUGGAAACAUUAACGAUACAAUCAUCACCGAUUAACUAGACACAGACAAUAUCCAGCAUCUUCAUUUUUCAAUGGACAUCUGCACAAGUCUUGUCACACAUCUAAUUAUGUGAAAAAUAAAAAAAUUCAAUAGUAAGGAACAAACAUGUACUUCCUCAAGUUUGUUAGACAUCUGUCCUCUCUUGUCGGAUAUAAAUCUAUAUGGGUACAGAUGUGUAUGUGUGUAUGUAUGUGUGUAUGUGUGUAUGUAUGUAUGUAUGUAUGUAUGUAUGUAUGUAUGUAUGUAUGUAUGUAUGUAUGUAUGUCUGUCUGUCUGUGUGUGUGUGUGUAUCUGUGUGUGUGUGUGUCUGUCUGUCUGUCUGUCUGUCUGUCUGUAUUUAUUGAGCAAAUUGAACCUUGUGCAUGUGUUUUGUUUGCAGAAAUGUAAACAUGAUUUGAAAUGUACUGAAUAAAGAUUGUAUUUCUCAAUA